AGGAACGAAACACAUCAUCACAAAAUUUCUUCUGAGAUGAAGAGCUCGUCGCCGUGGCAUAAGCUCGCCGACGCCGAGGCCGCCGUCAACCGCGCCGUGGCGGCGACCCGCGUCGGGAGGUACUUCAAGCUGGAGGCGCGCAAGAGCUCCUUCACCAAGGAGCUCCGCGCCGGCGCCGCCACGUUCCUCACCAUGGCCUACAUCAUCUCCGUCAACGCCGCCAUCCUCACCGACUCCGGCGGGCCGUGCACCGUCGGCGACUGCACGCCCGUGGUCGUUGGCAACUCCACGGCCACGCCCGGGCCGGAGUGUACCGUGGGGUCUAACCCUGGGUACGAGCAGUGCCUUGGGCGCGCCAAGAGCGACCUGAUCGUCGCCACGGCGGUGGCCGCCAUGGCCGGGUCGUUCGCCAUGGGCGCGCUCGCGAACCUCCCGCUGGGCCUUGCCCCCGGGAUGGGCGCGAACGCCUACUUCGCGUACAACAUGGUCGGCUUCCAUGGCUCCGGUUCGAUUCCUUACGGCACGGCGCUCGCCGGCGUGAUGGUUGAGGGUAUUGUGUUCUUCGCGCUGUCGGCCGUCGGGCUCCGGUCGAGGCUGGCGCGGAUGAUCCCCCGCAACAUCCGCCUCUCCACGGCGGUCGGCAUCGGCCUGUUCCUGGCGUUCACGGGGCUUCAGGCUCACCAGGGCGUCGGGCUCGUCGGCGCCAGCCCGUCGACGCUGGUCACGCUCGCCGCGUGCUCGGAGACCGACCCGGCCACCGGCGCCUGCAUCGGUGGCACCAUGCGGAGCCCGACGUUCUGGCUCGGCGCCGUCGGCUUCCUCAUCACGGCCACCUGCCUAGCCAGGGACAUCAAGGGCGCCAUGAUCUACGGCAUCGUGUUCGUCACCGUCGUGUCGUGGAUCAGGGGCACCGCAGUGACGGUGUUCCCGGACACGGCGGCGGGGAAUGCCGGCUUCGACUACUUCAAGAAGGUGGUGGACUUCCACAUGAUCAAGACCACCGCCGGGCAGCUCAGCUUCGGCGGCCUACGCCACGGCAACGCGCUGCUUGCCGUGUUCACGCUCCUCUACGUCGACGUCCUCGCCACGACGGGGACAAUGUACUCCAUGGCCGAGUACGGCGGGUUCACGGACGGCGCCGGCGGGUUCGACGGCGAGUACAGAGCGUUCCUCGUCGACGCCGGCUCGACGGUGCUGAGCGCCGCGCUCGGGAGCACCACGGUGACGACCUACAUCGAGUCGACGGCGGGGAUCCGCGAGGGUGGCCGGACGGGUGUCACCGCCAUCACCGUCGCGGCGUGCUUCCUGGCGUCGCUCUUCUUCGGGCCCGUGCUGACGAGCGUCCCGCCGUGGGCCGUGGGCCCGUCGCUGGUGCUCGUCGGCGCCAUGAUGAUGCGCGUGGCCAGCGACAUCGAGUGGGCGGACAUGAAGGAGGCCAUCCCGGCGUUCGUCACCAUGGCGCUGAUGCCGCUCACCUUCUCGAUCGCCAACGGCAUCAUCGCCGGCCUGGGCGUCUACGUGGCGCUGCACUGCUACGACUGGACCAGGCUCGCGUGGCGCAGGGCGAGCAGGGUGCUCGACGAGCGGCGCAACCAGAUCGCCGCCUCCUCCACCAGCGAGGCCGGAGGAGGUGGCAUCCCGGCGGCGGCGGCGCACGAGGUGUGAAACCCAUCUGCGACGCCGCCAUUGGUCAGCGCGAAGUCGUAGGCGAGUCGACUACUAGUCAGGUUUUUAGUUUUUGUGUAAUACGUUGCCAAGAUCCAGCGGAAUUUCUGUGGUUGGAAAAAGGAAAUGGGAAACGGGCUCUGGGGGAUUCUCGGUGAUGUAAUGUAAAGAGAUGUCUGUACUUUGACCAUCAUAUCAAAGUGCCCAUUGAUUCCCCUGGCUAGCACGUUUUUUCUGCCUGACAUAUCUCAAA